UGUGGACCAUUUGAUAGGAGCAACGCAAAUCAAAUGUAGCCUGAACUCUUGAAACCACUUCACAAUCUCACAUGCAUCGCGAGCUUGAGCUCUGUACAAUGCUGACGCAAAAGGACGAGAGAUUCCGACCAGAUUUCCCGCUUGUCACUUUAGUCAAUGGUGGAGUCCCUUCUCUUUCCACUCUCACUCUCAGGGUGUCGUAAAUUCAUAUUGAAAACGACGAGGCCAGUACGUACUUUCCGAGAAGGAUUUGGAGGUUUAUUUGUUCGUAUUUACGUGAAGGUAUCUAUGCUCAUUUCGCGUCUAGUGAGCCACGGUCUGGGUCAACAAGUUAGGCGUCGGAGGAGCAUGAGAUGGAUAGGACCGACCACAGGCAGUGAGCAAACCGAGCAGAUGAGCAGUUCGAAGCAAAUGUUACCACUUUGUGUAGCGAGACGUCAUAGAUCACAGUCAGUGAGAUCGAAUUCUUACUGACAUCGCCCUGAAUUUGGAGCUGACCCAAGAGGACUCUUCUCUGUCUCAUCAUGAGCUCAUUCUGAAGGAGAGGAGCUUUCCUUUCGUACACUUAGCUCACGAUGGAAAGAGGAGAACUGCCGGUACCGUGGGUUCUGAAGAUUCCUGCCGAGAUUAAAAAGGGUGCCGAUAAAAAAAGGCAAGCGAAUGAUCGGGAUCAGGGUGGUCACGGAAAGUCUUGCAUGUGCCUGAUUCCCCGACGGAUUUGGAUUGCUGGCAGGGACGAUUAUCGAGUACAGAUCAUUCAUUUGGGAUUGUAUCGGAGGAACAAGGUGAAGAUGACUCCCAUAGAUAGAGUGAGGAUUGAUGUCGUCACGAGCUUCAUAAAACUGUUUCAUUUGAGUUGGAAGGGACUUUGCAUGAAGGUGGUGGGCUCAGAAGAGAACGCACAAACGUUCCUAGACUUCUACGAUGAAACUCAGAGAGAUGAACAAUUUGAUGCUUCGAGCGCCAAGGUUUGUCUUACUCUGGAUGCUGUAUUCCUUACGGUGUUCGUCUGUACCGAGAUCUUCUCCAAGCUGCGAGAACCCCAGGGAGGUCUGAAGCAGCUCCAAGAACUUCGACACAUCUUCACCAAGGUGGUUGUUGCUUGCAAUCUUCACCAGAUCUUCUCCGACGUCUGGCUAGUUCCGAACCAGAUUCCUCUUAAGGUCAUAGGGAAGGUUUUGAAUUUGGUGAAGGAUGCUCCAUCGCCAGAAGCUCUCAUCAAUGGAACUGUCGACGAGGCCCUCCGUAGGUUCAAACAGGGAAGUUUGAACCUACGGAGGGCCUGUGCACGUGCUGAUGUCCCUCCUCAAUUUCUCCAUUGCACGCACUUGCUGGAAUGUCUCUACUUUACCAUGUGCCCACCUGGCGAGUCAAACGUAAGUCCUCAGCACACUGAACGAUUGCCAAGUGCUAACGAGUGUUGGACAACGGGCGGUCGUAUUUGUGGAUCGUGCACGAAACAUGCCACAACUUCGUCCGGGACAGGGGAACCGCAAUCGCAACCUGGAUCUGUUCAGAAGCCGUUUAGGACGGCAUCGGAGCUGCGAAAAGCAAGCAUCCGCUUGAAGGGCAUCGAUGCUGGCGUCACAGGCGCAGCAUUCGAAAGGUCGACGUUUCAUUUCACGGCAGUUCUGUCGCUACCGAAGAUCCACGUGACGGUCGAUACGAGAAGGAUUCUGAGAAAUCUGUGCGCUUAUGAGCUCGCAAAGACGACAUCCCCUGACAGUCAGAAGCUCAUCGGCUACCUCUCGGUGUUAGACCAUCUGAUCGACACCGCGGACGAUGUGAGGUUACUGAGACAGCUCCAGAGCUCUGUUCUCUCCUUCUCUCUGCCAGGAGACGAUGCCGACCAGCAAGUCGCUGAUCUGUUCAAUAAUCUGCUGCGAAACUAUUCCAGUACUGAUAUCCAGUACACGGCCGACCUGCGGAAUCUUCAAAACGACGUGAGUUUUCUCUUCGAGAACGAGCUCAGAAACAUCUGCAUACGAUGUUUCGGAAGAAUUCAGCACGAGUACGAGCGCUUCCUCCGCAGGCUUAAAGACAGGCCGUGCCUUAUGAUUUGGCUACUAGCCACCACCAUCAUUCUGGCCAUGACCGGCAUUCAGACAGCGUACCCCGUCCUCGGCUACUACAGGCCAUAGCAAUGAUGAACUCUCCCUCUCGAACCCAGUUACCUCUCAGAGUUGGCCUUCGGCAAAUGGAUACGACGUGGUUGGUGUCGCAGUCAUGUGCUUCAUAAAUAAAUGUAAAAGGAUGUAAAUGAUGUUGUAAUAUGCACCAUUCAAAGAGCAAGGAGUGCUCCUAUAUCUGCUCUAUUGAGCUAUUGUGAUGAAACCAUGAAGCUCCUGCGACGAUUGAAAGAAUCUUAAAAACUGUGUUUGCGUUAUUGAGUGUGUGGAAUGGGUUCCUACCGUGACGACUGUUGAAACUCAAGGACCAUUCACAAUGCACAAUGUCGACUACAACAGCCCAAUGCGAUAGAGCAGAGUUAUGUGAAUAUCUCAAUUCUUCUACUUUGAUUCAGUGCACAACACGUUAUUUUGGAGGAUUAUUCCUGUGAAUUUAGUUAUGGUCAG